UGCCUGCCCCACGGGGCGAGGAUGCCUGCGGGGGGACGUGGCUGCUAAGGACCAUCCCUCGGUCCCUCCUCCUCCUGCUCCUGCGAUCCCGGCGGCUCAGAUGCGGCAGGUCUCCCCAGGCAGCGCCGCACCGGGCCGGGCCCCGCAGAGAGCCGCGCCUGGGGGGGCAGGAAGAGGUUUGCUGCUGGACCCCCGGGAGAGCCGAGCGGGCCGGAUUCACCCCGCCCCGGGAUCGGGCUUUGCUGCGGCGCCCGGCCGGGGGCCGCUGCUCCGGGCGGACCCGUGACCCCCCCACGGCAGGAGAUCCGCUGGCGCAUCUUCCCUGGGCCGGCUCCCCAGCAUCUCCCCGUAGGGGGGACCCGAGAUCGGGGCGGGAGGGGGGGCCGCCGCCCGCCCCCCCCUCCAGCCAUCUCCGCCGCGGGGGGGCUCUGAGUGCAGAGAGGGGGGGCCCCGCCCGGAGCCUCUAGAUCCCGGGGUGGGGGGCGCGGCUGCCGCCCAGGUAGCCAGGCGAGGAAGCGCCAUCGCCAGCAGCAGCCGCCGGCUCCCUGCGGCCGGUGCCAGCCCGGAUCUGUCCUCGUCCCAGCCCAUGGCCCGGGGGCUGCAGCCGCCGGCGAUCCGGGAGCAGCCCUGAGCCCCCCGGCCCAGGGGCUCGCCCGGCUCCCUGCCUGGCUCCCGGCGGCGGGACGCGAACCUGCGCAGGAGCCCGCCCCCCGCCAGCGGGCCUGGCCGGCGAUUGGAUUAGAUGGAGCUCGGCGCGGCUGGCAGCAUCCUCCUGCCGGCUGGGCUCGAGCCUGCUGCUGCCUCGCCUGCCCGGGCUGGCCACGCAAGACUGAGCCUUAAUUGCCUGCACGGAAGCGCUCCGCAAGACGGCUAGUUACGUGCACGCGUGCCAGGCUGUUAAUUGCAGGCACAGGACAGGACCGCCAUGCAACGCUGCUAAUUAACGCUGCGUCCGCCGCUGCCACAUCGCAGGCAGCCCGCUGCCCGGCCAGGCUGCUGGGGAAUGGCCUCCCUGCCGGACGGCGCGUCGCUUGCAGCCCUGCCGGCUUGCUAAUUAGCUGCAUGCGGGGAUUUGCACUCGCAGCCCCCUUGCUUUCGCUGCCUGGCUCCCGCCCUGUUGGCUCAUCCCUCUGCCCGCCUCCCCCAGCAUGGGCACCGUGCUGUCCGUCUCGCCGGGCUCCCGGAAGGCCAGCCUGUACGAAGAGGGCUCCUCCGGCUCGCCGGCGCACUACCCGGCCCUGCCGAGCGCCAAGGGCGGGGGGCAGAAGGGGGACAAGCCCCUCAAGCGCCACUCCAUGUUCAUCCCGGCCUUGACCUGGAAGCGGCUGGUGGCCUCCACCAAGAGGAAAGGCUCCCGGGGCGGGGGGAAGGGGCCCGCCCACAAUCACAACCACCCCCCGCCCCACGCCAAGGACGUGGCCCUGCUCAACCACGAGAACGUCAAGAAGUCGCUGUCCUGCGCCAACCUCGCCAGCUACGAGGGGGGCGGGGCGCCGCUCAGCGCCCAGCGCAUCUCCACCACCUCCGUCUCCUCCCUCAAGCCGGGCGCCUGCCCGGGCGGGGGCAGCUCGGCCUCCCCGCGGCGCGUGGUCGUCCAGGCCUCCACCAGCGAGCUGCUCAAGUGCCUGGGCGAAUUCCUCUGCCGCCGGUGUUACCGCCUCAAGCACCUGUCGCCCACGGAGCCCAUCCUGUGGCUGCGCAGCGUGGACCGCUCGCUGCUGCUGCAGGGCUGGCAGGACCAGGCCUUCAUCACCCCGGUCAACGUGGUCUUCGUCUACCUGCUGUGCCGGGAGGUGAUCGACGGGGACUCGGUCUCCAGCGAGCACGGCCUGCAGGCGGCGCUGCUCACCUGCCUCUAUCUGUCCUACUCCUACAUGGGCAACGAGAUCUCCUACCCGCUCAAGCCCUUCCUGGUGGAGGCGGCGAAGGACGCCUUCUGGGACCGGUGCCUGCGCAUCAUCGACGCCCUGAGCGGCAAGAUGCUCCGGAUCAACGCCGACCCCCACUACUUCACCCAGGUCUUCGCCGACCUCAAAAACGAAGGCAGCGCCCGCGAGGACUUCGCUCGCGUCCUGGACCGGUGACUGGCUCGGCGCCCCAAGGACCAGCUGCGCCCCUCCCCGCCAACCUCAUGUGCAGCGCAGCCCUCUCCCUGCUGUGACCUUUGAAAACCAGCUUGCAGCGAGCCAGGGAUUUUCCUCUGACUCGCCUGGGCCAGCUCUCCCCCAGGCCAGGCCAGACGCCUCCAACCACUUACAAGGAAUCUGGCUUGGCUGUCCCCCCGCCCCAUGAGCCAACAACAAGGGGUGUCUGUGUACAGCGUGGGGGAGGCAGCCUUCAGCUCCGGUGUCUGUGUCAGAGACAGAAGAGGAGCAGCCAAAGGCCAAUAGUUUGAUUCCCUUUUCAUAGGCCAAUAAGUGCCUGUAGGUUCCCUCCUCCCCCUCCCUGCCCCCCGCUCUCCC